AUGGAAUACAACAAACAAAUGAGUGUGGAGUGGUUGUUUGGGGACAUAGCGCUGCCUCAGUCACCUCCCAUCCUCCCAAAAUGCUCCGCUCCCAAAAAAAGGACUGUCACUUGCAGCCAAUGUGAUUUGACCUUACUGGCCAAAAGUCUACGAACUCACAUAAGAAGGCAUCACACUUAAAAUGAAAAUGCAAUUACUCCUGAGAGGCACUUUCAGUCUCAGUGCAUUGAUGAAAAAAUUGGCAUUUUUGCCGUUGAAAAAGCUUUUCUUGGUCAAGCAACACCCAUACAUGUAAUAAAAAAUACUUGGGGCCCAAACCAUCGCUCAGCAUGUGAACUAGACCAGUGUAUUUUAAAUGCAGAGUUUGCCCAUAACACUGGGAUACUGCCCUUUGAGUGUUGCCAUGUCAAAUCGCUGUCUUUUUGUAAACUUGUUGACAACCCCAAUGUUGCAUUGACAGACAGCAGUCUCUCUCAGCUGGUGCAGCAGAAGUGGUUUGGUGAGGCAAGAAAAGCCCAGCUGUUAAAGUUGCAGCAAGAGGCAAAUACUGCAGAGACACCUUUGUCUUUUCACAUCACUGUUGGAGGUCCAUCAACAAAGCAUUUCAUUUCUGUAUUUGAACCAACAAUGUCCUAUUACAGCAGGAUGGGAAGAGUCAUGGUGGCUUAUGAUAAAAAGAAAAAUAACUGGCAUUGUCCUUGUGCCCGGCCUCACCAAUCAUGCAUUCACAAAGCUACAGCAAAGUGGCAUCUUUUCCAGAUAAUGCCACAACUCUUCAAGAGGGUCAACAGUUCAGAGGAGGUUUUCACCUCUGUUCAUACAUGUAAUGAUGAUACCAGCUGUCAAGAUGUUUCAUAUCCCCCCAACUCUCCUACUGUUAAAAGGAUGAUGAAAUAUAUGCUGGAAAAUAAGAAAAUUCCAGUUGAAAUUCCACCGACCUUUUUGCAAAAGUCAAAACAUGGAAAGGCUUUCAAUACAUUCCCGAAACAUCUUGUGCCUGAGGAAGUUGAAUGCAGAAUAUGCAAGGAACUUUUGAGUGAGCCAAUGAUGAUAACUUGCCAGGCGAAGAUUGUUACAUUCCAUGGAGUAAUUCAGGGUGUAUCUACUUACUACAAGCUGUGUAAUAAAUGCAACCUUACAUACAGAUACCAAGAAUGGAGUGAUGGUUUGCACAACUUCAAUGAUAAUGUAAUCCUCUCGCUACAUUUGUUUGUUUUGCGAAAUUCACUACAGAAUCACACAGCUGUAGGUAGGGUUGUGCAGAUAAUUGAAGCCACGGAAGGAGAGUCCUUGCCCAAAGGUGACCUAAUCAUGCAGGCGUAUCUUCACUUUGAGGCUUUAUCUGAUCUGGACUACAUUUACUCAUGUGUGUCCUGUGGAUACAAUCCAUGUACUGUAAUUAUGGACCUUCAUAAAAAAGGAGUGUUCAGCAUCCCAGUGAGUGAAAUUCAGUCUCCACUUGCGACUUAUGAUGGUCAUGUUGACAUAGAGGAAUUUUGGGAUGCAGUGGCAAUGGACAUGAUAAGCAGAGGGUUUUACUCAAGUGGCAAAGAAAACCCAUUUACAGUUUCACCAAGUUACCACAACUGGUCCCCAUGGAUAGGUCCAAAAACAAGGGAAUCGGCAAUGGUAUUAAACACAGAGAGUGCAAAGGUUCAAUCCUCAACUGAUUGGAGUGACAUUGAUGUGCCUUUUACUGAGGAAAGGCUUUGUGAUGAGCUGCUCCACCUUAAAAUUCAAGACUUGAAAAAGCUGUGUCGACAGUGUGGGGUUGAUGUUGCUGGUUCCAAAAUGGAUCUCAUUCUCAGACUACAUAAUAAAAUGUCAAACAGAGUGACGUACAACAAGGUGUUUGAACAGGUGUGGGGUGCUUCUGGUGGCCUGGGUGUGAUAAUGUGUCCUUGUGGUAUUGUGUAUUCUAUUAAAUUUAACUUGAGAGCAGAGAGUCCCCGUGACUUUGCUGACCUUUUAUUGUCUUGGAAACACUUUCCUAAUAUUACAAUUUAUGAUUACCCUAGAGGAUUAGUGGCACAUACAAAUAAACGUAUGUCACUUCACCCCCCUUUCCAUCCCUUUGAGGGCAGAGUACAAGACCCCUCUGAAAACAUACAAAAAGCAAAAGAAGGGAAGCUAAAAGUUCAUCUUCCCUGGCUGGCUCACAGGAAAAAAAUUGUGGAUCCUGACUGCCAUCCAUUGACGGGUUCCUCUGAACACUAUUGCCUGUGUGAUGUUUUUCACCAAAACAAUAGUAAAGAUAAGAGAGAUGUGUUGCGCACUAUUGGUCUUGUACCAGAGAUGGCUGGAAAGAUCAAUAGUCAGUGUGCAGAGCAGCUGUUUUCUGAAGUAAAGAGAAACAAUUACUUCAUGAAUAUGUUAAGACCAUCUGCACACAUAUUUCUUGCUCGAAACAUCCUUCACCACCGGAACCUCGCACGGAACAGGAAGAAGUUGGAACAUUUCAAGAAAUUGUUCAGUGGCAAUCAUAAUUUGCAAUUGGAUUCCAAUGGAAAGGCCAUAUUUGGUCUGAUGGAGAAAGACGGGCAACAAAAAGACAAAUGA